GACGCCGUUUUGACGUCACAGAUCCCCGGGGGCGACGCCGCUACGCUGCUAUAUAACCUUCACGGGCGCCGUGGAGGAAAAUCAGCUCACCGAAGCAGACAGGAGACAAAGACAGCUCACACUAAGCUAACAAACAUGGUGAAGAUCACCUUCCAGCCAGUGUCGGCGCAGAAGCCCGAAAAAGACAACGAGCAUCCGGACAAGAUCACAAUUCCCCAGCCUCAUCACGGGCGGGUGGUUCCUAUCCUGAGGCCUAAAAAGCCUUUUCCUUUGGGCCUGUGCUGCCUCAUCCUCAGCCUGGUGAUUUUCUUGGCAGGAUUGGUGAUGGCCUCUGUGUAUAUCUACCGCCACUACUGUGUACCUCAGCAGAUCCCAGAGGACAGCCUGUUCCACUGCCGGGUCGUCUUUGAGGACUCAGUUUACGCUCCCCUGAGGGGACGGCAAGAAAUGGAGGAGAACGUCGGCAUCUACCUUGAUGAUAACUACGAACAAAUCAGCGUGCCCGUGCCACAUUUUGGAGGCAGCGACCCGGCUGAUAUCAUCCACGACUUCCAGAGGGGCCUCACGGCUUAUUACGACAUUGCCUUGGACAAAUGCUACAUCACUGAGCUGAACACGACCUCGGUGAUGCCUCCGCGGAGCCUGUGGGAGCUACUUAUUAACGUCAAGAGAGGGACGUACCUGCCUCAGACGUACAUCGUUCAGGAGGAGAUGAUGGUGACUGGAAGGGUGAGGAACAUGAGGCAGCUGGGCCCGUUCAUCCACAGACUCUGCUUUGGCAAAGAAACGUACCGCCUCAGACGCCGCAGCCAGCGCCACCGUAUCGAGAGGCGCGAGACAAAGAAGUGUCACCGGAUUCGUCACUUCGAAAACACGUUUGUGGUCGAGACCGUCAUCUGCGACAGAUUCUAAAUCUGAGGCGGAAAUCACAGCCAGCCGACACCGAAGCCGAUUUCAAACCAUACCUCUUGAAUUCCUGAUGCGUUCAACUGCACUUUACAACGUUUUGUCCAUUGGUUUCAAUCUGUUAGAGGUUGUGUUUUUUUUUUUUUUUUUUCUAAUGCUCUCUUACUGUCAACCUAAAAUGUGAAUGUCUUUUUUAAUUUUUAGAUUGUGUAUGUACGUGAGUAACGUGUUCAGAUGUAACUGUAGGCUGUCUUGUAGAGCAGAUGUUAAUGUUAGUGUGUCAGAUCAGAAAACUCGAUUUAACUCGACUCGUCCUUGUGUUUUUGAGUAAUCCGGUGCACUGCAGAUCUUUUGUAAAGAUACUUUUUGAAGCUGCUCGCACUCUGCACUCGCGUUACUACUUGAUUCUUGUUUAUUUGGUUUAAAUGGCAAAACAUACCUCAUGUAGUUAUAUUGUUAAUUUGCUGAUUUAAAUCAUUAAUGAUGUGUAUAUAACUGAUUUGUUCCAAAGCAAUAUAUACUGUAAAUGGAUUUCUUCUUAACGUUCUUGUUACACGCAUAGAUUUUUAUCAGAAAU